AUGAUAUACACACAUGUGAACCCUUCACCUACUCUUCAUCCUGUGUCAGAUUCUUCACUUAUUGGUGCCUUAACGUCAUUACAAACCAACUUUCAUUUCCUUCAUAACUUCACUAUAUACAAGUGUUCAUCUUCUUUCCUCAAGCGUUAUCCUGAUUUUUCCGCUAUGUCACAAGUCCACCGGACACCUAUGAUUGUGAAUUGGAAAUCUAUGGAAUUCAUCACUUUGAUGCCUGGUAUGGUUCAAUCAGCAUGUGAUUGUCUCAAGCAGAACGGUUCCAACUACGCCGAUUGGGAAUUUCGCAUAGUCCGAUUGAUCGAGACCACCACCGGACUUGUUGGGUACUUUGAUGGAGAUGAUGCUCACAUUUCGGACCCCCUUGGUGAUACAAUCAUUCGAAACAUGCUCGAACACUCUGUCAAAACGGAAGUCGCAAGACAACUCGUCUCAUCCGACUCAGCUAAAGCAAUCAUGACGAGAAUCCAAUCGCUCUUCAUCAAUCCAACUCUCAUGUUAUGGAAGGAUCUUUUCAAAACCAAGUAUAUUGAGGGACUCGGUGUUGAUGAGUACCUACCCAAGGUUGAGGCUAAGUUUGAUGAGCUAGAUCAACAAGGCUUCUCUUGGACAAGAGAUAGCCUCUUGGGUUUGGCAUACCAAUCAGGUCUUGGGACUUCGUUCAUCUUUGAGGUCAGCACUGCUUUGAAAACCCGUCUUCAUGAUCGACCAACAUCCUCAAUUUGUGCAAACGAAGUCAAAGAACUCAUUCGAACCAAGCACCGUGACCGUCUCUCAUCUGAUAUACCUAUUGAUCUUCUGCAUCUGCAUCUUGAUGCUCCGUCUUCCUCUCAUGAAGAUCGUUUGAAUACACAAUCAACCAAACUCCCGGUCUUGACACUUCCCAGCAACCAAGCAUCACUUGAUUCUCGCUCAAGUCCUUCAGCUCAAUCAAACUCUCCUGGACCUUCUUCAGCUCAACAAACCACCCCUCGCUUCAGGUGCUUUGGCUGUGGAGAUCCACAUCAUUGGGUAUCAUCGUGCCCUGACCGAAAACGUACACAACCUAGUCAAAAUCAAUAG